AUGAGCAAGAAAAGGAGAUUCGGCUUUGACAAGAAGCAGGCAACGUUUUCGUCUUUGUCCUCGUCGCUUAUGAUGACUUCCCUUCUGCGCCAGAACGAAAGAUUCUAUUUCGAGUUCGCCGACAGUGACAGUCUGCUUGUGGAGAUAGAAGAGCAGUACGCUUAUGUCGAAUGCACGGAUUUCACUCUGAAAAGCUGCCGAGGCGCUUCAGGAACAGCAUGUCUUUGGCUCGGACGAGUACUGGAUUGCCGCGGCGACGACGUUCUUCUUUGCGGGCUUCAGGGAGGAACCACUCUGGAAAUGCGAAACGAGACGAUCGACAAUCCGCAGAAAGACGUCUCGCCAGAAGAGCAGAAGGAACUAGACGCGGAGCUAAUCCACGAAAUCCGCAACUGCAGCUACCAUCUGACCAAGUUGGACUACUUUCACAAGUUCAUGCGCCUCCUGCUCGCCGAGUGCAAGGACAUUUUGAAAGUGCCGAUGGAGGAUGACUCUGGACAUCAAGUGCUCAUUCGACUGCUCUUUUCGGUGGUUUACACGAUCGUGGAAAUCUUGAGAAGACCGCCGGCGCCGUUGGACAGCGAAGAGCGGCAAAAAGUGCACUUUUCUUUCAAGCAGAGUUUGCAGGAUUCGGUCGAGUAUAUCGACGAUUUGUUGAUGAUUCUAGUCGAUGUUAACUCAUCGUCGUUAGCUCCCGUAAUUCCGAUGAAAAAAGCUGUCCUUCUGAAGUGGAAAUUAACAUUGGCGACUUUCGAGAAAUGGAACGAAGCAAGAAUAAAAACGAAAAGCGAUACUUGCAGAAAUCGAGUUCCCAGCUGA